CUCCUAUCGUAGCCUCAGCGCGGGCGGGCAGGCGGGCACCGGGGCUAGAAGCCGCCUCCAGCCUAGACCGAGGGUAGCCGUGGGUGGGAAACCGCGAGCCAGAGAGGGGAGGGAGAAGGGGGGGAGGGGUGCGUUUGUUUGCCGGGCCGUGCCCUUUGCACUGAUGCUCGCCUGGAAAUCAGCGGGAUUUGAAUUUUCAUUAUUCCCUCUAUUAACGGGGUCUGUUCAUUUAUUUAUUUAUUUGAAGAGGUGGUGAGGUCGUGGGGCAUUGCCAGGGCUGCAGGUUUCUCUAGGCUUGCACGAGCGGUUGCCCUGCCCCCGCACCACCCAGGCUCCCGCGCCCCAGGGGAAGGGCUGUGAGUGAAGGUUGGGUGGGUCAGGCCGCGGCCCGAAGGCAUCCCUAGGGUGGUCUGAGGCCUUGGGGCGCUUGCCACGCCGGGUAGCCGCACGCCACCGAGCACGGGAUUGGGAGGCAGAGCUGGCGUCCCCGGGCCGCGGUGGGGUGGGCGGGGGCGCGUGACGCGCUCGCGCGCGGGCACAUUGGAUGCGUCUCUCCCAGGACUCCCUGCCCACCCUCCCCUCCUCUUUAAAGAGCGGCAGAGCAGGGUCGUUAGCUUGCAACACCCCCGUGGGGCAUUGUGUGUGUUUGUGUGCCUACGUGGGCAGGGGGGGCGGAAAGGGCAGUGAGCCCGGGGCCGGCCUCGGAAGUUUGUAGCCUUGCUCAGAGCAACCUAGCUCCUCCCGAGGCUGUUGCAGUCAGCUGGAGUUAGGAGGCUUUGGGGAGUAUUGUGUAUGCGUGUGGGGGCGUCAGGGAGAUUGGGAGGGAGGCUACAAUGGGCACCACCAGGCACAGCUGGCACUUGUAGAGCCGGGCCGUAUCCUGAGCCAGGCAGGCUCGCUUAUUUGGCUGCAGCUCCGUUUACACCCCUCAAAGCCAUCACCCAGGAGAAAGGCGUAGUAUGCUGGACCUAGGGGCCUCAGAGCCUUGAGGUGCAUUCGGACAGAGUGCCUUUGUGACUUAAGUGUCUGAGGAGAUUUGGUUGGCAUAUUUUUGGUGAGAGGCUUAGGGGCUUUCCUACCAUUUCAAUGGCCAACACACGGAGUAUUGAGCUGGAACAUUUUGAGGAGAGGGACAAAAGGCAGCGGCCAGGCUCCAGGAGAGGGGGGCCCAGCUCCUCAGGGGGCAGCAGCAGCUCAGGCCCCAAGGGGAAUGGGCUCAUCCCGAGCCCUGCACACAGUGCCCACUGCAGUUUCUACCGCACCCGGACCCUGCAGGCCCUCAGCUCCGAAAAGAAAGCCAAGAAGGCCCGAUUCUACCGGAAUGGGGACAGGUACUUCAAGGGCUUGGUGUAUGCCAUCUCCAGCGAUCGCUUUAGGUCCUUCGAUGCCCUCCUCAUGGAGCUCACCCGCUCCCUAUCAGACAAUGUGAACCUGCCUCAGGGAGUCCGAACCAUUUACACCAUUGAUGGCAGCCGGAAACUCACCAGUCUGGAGGAGCUGGUUGAAGGUGAAAGUUAUGUAUGUGCAUCUAAUGAACCAUUUCGCAAAGUUGAUUACACCAAGAAUGUUAAUCCAAACUGGUCAGUGAACAUCAAGGCUGGGUCAGCUCGGCCAGUGACGCCAUUAGCUUCUACAAAGAGUGAUGUGAAGGAAAGCAAAGAUUUCAUCAAGCCCAAAUUGGUGACCGUGAUUCGGAGUGGAGUGAAGCCCCGAAAAGCUGUGAGGAUCCUGCUGAAUAAAAAGACAGCCCAUUCAUUUGAGCAAGUCUUAACUGAUAUCACAGAAGCAAUUAAACUAGAUUCAGGUGUUGUCAAGAGGCUCUGUACCCUUGAUGGGAAGCAGGUUACUUGCCUACAAGACUUUUUUGGUGAUGAUGAUGUUUUUAUUGCCUGUGGACCUGAAAAAUUCCGUUAUGCCCAAGAUGACUUUGUCCUGGAUCACAGUGAGUGCCGUGUCUUGAAGUCAUCAUAUUCUCGUUCCCAUGGUACAACUAAGCAGUCUGGAUCCAAAAGUCCUGGGCUUUCACGUCGCAGCAAAUCACCUGCCUCAGUAAAGAGGGGUGGCCUCUACUCCACUGCUCAUUCUACACUAAACCCCCCAGUUAAUGGAACUCCCAGCAGUCAGCUUUCCACUCCCAAAUCAACAAAAUCCUCCAGUUCUUCUCCAACCAGUCCAGGAAGCUUCAGAGGACUCAAGAUCCCACCACACUGCGGGUCUGCUUCCAACGUGAAUGGCGGACCUGAACUGUACCGCUGCCUGAGCCCUGAAGGUGUGAAUGGAAACAGGUGCUUUGAGUCAUCAACUCUUCUUGACAAAUACAGAAUUGGGAAGGUCAUUGGUGAUGGUAAUUUUGCUGUGGUGAAGGAAUGCACAGAGAGGUCUACUGGAAAGGAGUUUGCCCUAAAAAUAAUAGAUAAAACCAAGUGCUGUGGAAAGGAACACCUGAUUGAGAAUGAAGUGUCAAUACUGCGCAGAGUUAAACAUCCAAAUAUAAUCAUGCUGAUUGAGGAAAUGGAUACCGCUACUGAGCUUUUUCUGGUGAUGGAAUUAGUCAAGGGUGGCGAUCUCUUUGAUGCGAUUACUUCCUCAACUAAGUACACAGAGCGAGAUGGGAGUGCAAUGGUGUACAACCUAGCGAGUGCCCUGAAGUAUCUUCAUGGUCUCAACAUAGUGCAUAGAGACAUCAAGCCCGAGAACCUUUUGGUGUGUGAAUAUCCGGAUGGAACCAAAUCUUUGAAACUGGGAGAUUUUGGGCUGGCCACUGUGGUUGAAGGACCUUUAUAUACUGUCUGUGGCACACCCACUUAUGUGGCUCCAGAAAUAAUUGCUGAGACUGGCUAUGGCCUGAAGGUGGACAUCUGGGCAGCAGGUGUGAUCACAUACAUCCUCCUCUGUGGAUUCCCACCAUUCCGCAGUGAGAAUAACCUUCAGGAAGACCUCUUUGAUCAGAUCCUUGCUGGAAAGUUGGAGUUUCCGGCCCCCUACUGGGAUAACAUCACUGACUCAGCAAAGGAAUUAAUCACCCAAAUGCUGCAAGUCAAUGUGGAAGCUCGAUGUACAGCAGGACAGAUCCUAAGUCAUCCCUGGGUAUCAGAUGAUGCCCCCCAGGAGAAUAAUAUGCAAGCUGAGGUCACAGGUAAACUGAAACAGCAUUUUAACAAUGCCCUUCCCAAACAGAACAGCACGAACACCGGCGUCUCCGUCAUCAUGAACACGGCUCUAGAUAAAGAGGGUCAGAUUUUCGGCAGUACACACUGUCAAGAUGCCAGCAGAGCUGGGAUGGAACGAACCUCUCCCAUUCCUUCUCCUGCCAAGGAGCCUCCCAUGCCUGAGUCUGCAGACCUCCAUCCCUUUGCUUCUCUGGAGACACCUACCUCCCCGAGCCCUCCUGCAGCAGCCAGCUGUGAACACACUGGGUCCUGGCGGCGCCUUCGUGACUGACACUCGGCCAGACCAGCUGCAGUACAUGGGGACGUCAGGAAGCCCAAUCUCUCCCAACUGCUUCCCUCUCCCUGUUGUGGCCUGUUUUUAAGUUUGUCACCAUGGGGAGUCAGGGGCCUAUUACUGGGGAGUGCUAUGGCUUGUGAGAAACUUUGGCGCUCUGGCAUCUGCCUUGAGCAUGCUGUGGGAUGGACUUUGGACAAACACAUUUGGAGCUCUUUUUUUAAACAUCAAAUUUUCUGUUGAAUGGGCACUUCAAUCCUCUCCCCUUACCGCUUACCAUCAGCAGAACUUGGAACUUUUUCAAGCACUAACUAACUGCAUUUUUGAAAUAGAAACCCUUUGGAUGGACUAGGCUACUUUCCUUUCUUUGAACAUAGAGAACUCUGCUAGGCAGAAGAACUUUUCUCUCAAAGAGGCAAACUCUUUUCAUUUGCCCGUUAGCUCAUUGGCACAGGCCAGUGUCCUGUCAGAGACACAUCAGUGUAGAGAGACUCGUACAGGGCAGGAAAGAUAAGCACCCAAGAGAGGGAGGAGAAAUUCAGUCUUUGGACCCAGCCCUCCAAACACUAGACUUAGAGAAGAGACGGCAAUGACAAAGAACACCAAUUCAUUUCAUUGCUCAUGGAAACACUGGGUAUUUUUUGUGUUCAAAGAUUGGGGGAAAUGGUGUUUCUUUCCUAUACGUUCUAAAGCUUUCCUUUUGUUCUCUUCAAAAGUCCUAUCUCCCAGGCGCUAUUAGGAAAUGGCAAUUCAAUAUUACUUUGGUCCUUUUGAAUGGCAGGCUUGCCUGCCUCAUGCCAGAUGAGCUGGAUUUCGGGUUGUUUGCCCUUCUACAGAAGGUAGACAAAGAGAAGAUGAGUUCUGUGGCUUGAAGUGGCCACAGAUGUUUUCUUCCAUCAUCCUGCUUCUUGCGCCCAGUAGGUGCUGGCAAAAGGACCACUGAGAUGAGGUACCUUGAACAUCCCUUGGAGGAAGGUGUUCUGAAGGCUUCACACCGUGGAUAGGGUGGGAAAGGAGGAAUUUCCUUCCUUGCUCCUAUUUUGCUCAUCUCAGUAAUGUAUCUCAUCCACUGAUUUGGUCUGCCUGCUCAUCUUUUUACAAGCAAGGCCCGUCUGAUUCAUUCUGGUGUGAUAUUAAGAGUUUGCAGUGUUAACAUGCCUACAAUAAACUAUUUCUUGAUGUAAAACAAUCACUGGUUGGAGGUAGGGAAGAGCCAAAGUAACUUCAUUAUUCUGAGGACUCUUGGACCCAUUACUUUGUUUCUAUCAACGUCUGCUUUGAGCCAAGUUUUAGCAGAAGCCAGCAUCCUUUUGGGCUAGGUCCUGGACUGAGAAGGGUUUGUAGCUUGAGAAGUCAUGUGGGGAUGUCUCCAUUUCUUAGGGACAGCUAAUGGAAGGAAAGGAGAAGGCAUUUUUAGAACUUUAUCCAUGGGCCUUUCAAAGAAAUCACAGACAGAAAAAAAGUAGAAAAUAAAUAGUAAUAGAGUGAGGACCACUCAUCAAAGCCUAUGACCCAGAUAGAUUUAGAGGAGAUGGUAUGUGUGGUUGAAAGAUUACAAAGUUUCACUUAGAAGUGACUAAGUUUAGAGGGGAUAUGUACUAUAUUGAAAACCCAAAUAUGAGCCUAACAUGUUAUGUUAUCCACACCGUUCUUGGCUGGAUGCAAACAAAGAUAGGUUGUCUUACCUAGUAACAGGUAGCCUCAGCUAAUCUGGUACCUUGGGGCACAAGUUUGAUACCGACUUGCUUUACGUCAUUUGCACCAUUUUUUUUUUCCAUUUCUCUAAAAGGAAGAUAAAACGUUUUUGCUCUGUGCUAAAGGCUAGUUAGUGAUGCAGAUAGAGAGGCGCUUUGUAGGGAAAGGUGAGAAACAAUGACCCAAAACCAGCUUUGGGUUUGACAUGUUUGCAAAACUGACCCUUCUUCUUGGAAAUGGAAUGGGGGAUGCCAUGGGCAUUCUGAUUUGAGCAUGGCAUUUGACCAAAUUUUUCAUGACAUCCUUUUGAUUGAUGGGACAAAGUAUGGCUUGGAUCACAGUACUGAUAAGCAGAUCCCUGUGAAUGAUUUGGUGCCACCCUGGCAGAGCCCAUGGGACUUUGUCCUUGCACUUGACCUCCUAGUUGCCAAUGACUUAUAUGAAAACAUACAAAGCCUGCUGAUUAAAUUUGUAGGUAAUAGGAAGCUGGGUUGGAUAGCAAAUGAGUGGUUCAUAUAGAGAGCUGGAAGGGGCUUCACAGGCCAUCUAGUUCAGCCCCUUCAUUUUACAGAUGAGGAAACCAAGGUCCAUGGAAAUUAAGUGAUUUGCGAAAGGUCACAUGGAUAGGAAGUAUCAGAAACUGGAUUCUGAAGAUGACAGUCAAGCUCCAGAAUAAUCUUGAUAGGCCGGAACGAUGGGCCCCAGACGAACAAGGUAAAAUAUCAUGGGGGCGGGAGGCUAGUAUAAUAUCUUACAUUUAGUUUUUUGAAAAUCAAGUGUACAAAUACAGAAUGAGAAGGAUCUAGACUGGCUAACAGUUUGUGUCAGAAAUCAAGCAGCUGUAACAUAUAAUUUAAAAAAAACCAGUUUAAUCUUUGGUUCUAUUGACAGGAGUAUAGUUGUAUAUCAUUCUAUUGUCCUCCAUGCCUGGAGUGCCUGAGCUUUGUUCUGGGCACCACAUUUUAAUAGGGAACAUUUAUGAGCCGUAGGAGGACAACCAGGGUGGUUGGCUCACUUAAAAGCAAGCCACUCAAAAAAUGGUUGGAGGACCUGGGGAUCAAAGAGAAGUGCUGUUAAGAGGAAGAUGUGGUAUAUUCAGUUUUUUGAAGUAAUGUAAUAUUGAAAAAUAUUGAAAAAAUUGAAUUGAAAAAUUGGAAAAAAAAUAUUGAAAAAAAAAUUAGACUGUUGGGUGUGGUUCCAGAGAGUAGAGGCAGAUAAGCACAUAGCGUCAAGGAGGCAGAUCUUGGUCCAGUACAAGGAAGAAUUCUUACUCCUGCUCAUUAGAAUUAUACAGAAAUAGAACAGUCCACCUUGGGAUGUAGUGAGCUUCCUACCAAUGGAGGUCCUAGACAGAAGAGGCUGGUUGGUUGACCAUUUGUCAGAGAUGUUCCAGAGGGCUUACUGGAGGGGUGGGAGGUUGGACUUAAAUGACCUUUCAAGUCCCUUCCAACUCUUGAGAUUCCAAGACUUUCAGAUCAUUGAACAAGCAUCUAUUAAAUACCCUCCAGUUUGUAAUCUUGCAGGUGUCAAAGAUGUGGCCUUUUUAUUCUGUGGUUAUUCUAACAUGUCCUGGUAUGAUUCACGUGAGUUACUGUUUCAUUAGUGUGUUAGAAGAGUCUGCCAUGGCAAAGCUCUUUAGUGAGUAAGCCUUCAUAGCUCACACCCUUGUGGUAUCUUGUGGCUAAAAGGAAAAGAAAACUUAAGGGUGAUAACUGGCUAAUGAAGGGCUUUAAUUAGUGAUGAAUUUCCCCUUGGAUGAAAAGCAAACUUAGGAUAAACAGUAGGGACAAAGUAGUUUUCCCAUAAUGGGUCUGGUUUCUCUGUUUUAAGUUUAAGGACUGAACAGCUGUUAAUGGGGAAGGAAACGAAACGGAAUCAGAAGCCACAAGGCAGCCAUUUUCCCCUGAUCUGCAUCUGAGGGAUGACAGACUAUUGUGACAAUUUGUUUUCUUUAAAGAAUAAAUAUACCACUGCAAAUCUGAUUUCUCAUUUUGUAGUCCCAGGCCACAGUGACUUGACAACAUUUGCAGGUGUUGUCCUCUCCUAAUUCUGGGGGUAAUCUGUCCCCUCCUAGUGCAAACCACACCCUUCUUUCUCCUCUGUGGGACAGAAGAAACAAACACAACCUUUGUUCUUCCAGACUUGGCCUGAGGGUUUUUUGUGCACUUCCCUUGAAUCUCAGUGAGGCUGGGAGCUAACCCAAGGUGUCACUAAUAGUUCUGAUCAUGAUGUCAGACAGUUAGGAAAUCUGCCAUAUAAUCAGUUUCAAUCUUGCUACAAGGAAAAUUCAAAUGCUGAUUUUUUUUUUCUAGUGAACCAAUAAGAAAUAGGAAAGCAGGAAUGUUUUUUCUCUUGUUCAAGGUACAUUUUCCCUUCUGGGGUAUUUAUAUUUGAUACUUCCCAAACUAAUUUCUUCCCCUGCACCUAUCACCCAUGAAGCACAUACAACAUGAAAUGGAAUAAAUGCUAUAAAAUGAGGAUCUUUGUAAUCAAGUGAUAAACAUGAGGAUGCUAAGGCCAUUAUUUGAAGGAGAGGAAGUGUUGUAUAGACAUGGUGUGUGGUUUUUAAUGUAUUUAAAUAGGGUUAGUAUAAGGAUAUGCACAUAUCCAUCUUUUGGUGUGUUUGAUGUCUGUUAAGUACAGGUGUUGUUUGGUAAACUGCACAUAGAAUUGGGGUUCUUCAUCUUAUUGUGGGGAUCAUGGACUCCUUUGGCAGUGUGGUGACACCUGUGGGUCCUUUUUUAGAAUAAUGUUUCCAAGUGCAUAAAAUAAAACAUGUAGGAUUACAAAGGAAACAAAUUAUAUUGAAAUAUUUUUUUUUCUCAUCGAAGUUCAUGGACCAUUUCUGAAAUCAAUCCAUGGUGCCCAGGUUAAAAACUCCUAACAGAGGCUAUCCACUGAUGUUGCUACUACCCCACCCCACUGGGAAAUCAUUAAAUUAAUACAUCUACUAUGUGCGUAUAAAUACACACACACACCUCUCUGUGAAGUAAGGAGGAGUGUCCUGGGUGCAUACUGGAAGAAUUACAGUUUCUGAAUUUGUAAAGAGUCUGGACUAAUCCUGAAGGACUGACCUCAUGAUUAAAAUGCCACAGAUUAUACAGAGUACUUUAGACAAGAACAGCAAGAAGCCUUUGACUGAAUUAAAAAUUACAUUAGAAGAAUCUAUGCCAAAGAUAAAGCACAGUGGCAAAAAUACUGGGGAAACCAUGCAGCUUGGUAAAAAGAUGAUUGCUAAGGAAAAGGAGCAGCAUGGCCCAAACAGUCCACUUUCCUAGGGGAAGUAUAGUAUAGCAUUGAGAAGAAAUGCAGUUGGGCUGAAUGGUUCAUCAGGGCAGACUCCAAAACCACAGACUGAUAAAUCAGUUUUUAAAAUCUUGCUUGUGAUACUUGUCCUGCACAAUUCCUAUGCUUUCUAGAAAUGAUUAACAAAAAAGGAUUGUGGAAAGUGCCAACCAAAAUCAAAAGAAAUCACAGCGAGAACUCCCGGCUAGGAAGAGAAUUAGCGGAGGUACUUCUGGAACAGCUUCAAUGGACCUAUAAAUGGGGUGGAGGGCAGUGCUAAUUAUUAAUGAGAACAAAAGAGAAUGGUGAUUUAAAAGGAUAAAGGGUCAUUCAACAAAUCCUUUAUCUCUGCUAAACAUAGCAAAAGUAUCCCUUUGAAAAACCUCUACUCUGAUUUCAUAUUUCUCUGGAUAGGAACUACUUUGAUUACAUAAUUAUAUGACUGUUAAUGAAGUAGACAGUGGUGAUUCAUCCCAUCUUCCAUCUGUAUUCACUAGCAUUCUAUUUUAUUAGAAAAUCCAAAGUUGAAUUGUUUGUUGGGAAGGGCAAGGAGUGGAAGAGAGUUCAAAUUCAGCCUGUUAUUCCAUGUGGGCUUAUUGUAAAUAUUGCUUAUGUGAAUGAGUAUUAUUUGGGAUCAUAAUACACAUGGUGUGUGAUCACCUGGGCCCUGAGCUUACAAGACAAGCUUACGAGAUGGAAAUAUCAUCCCUUGCUUAUUUAUUGUGCCCUGGAGUUGCAUUCUGCAUAGGAGCUGGCCUGGGUGAAAGCUAUUGACUCUCCUAUAGACAUGUCUGGUAUUUUUAAUAAAUAGGUUAAUCCUUAGCAUUCUCA